AUGCGCGCGCCCGCGGACGCCGAGCGCGCGGCAUCGGUCGGGCACCGCGAGACGUUCGACGUCGACGCGUUCGCGACCGCGUGCGCGUCCGCGCUCGGGUUCGACGCCGACGCGGUGGAGGACGCGGUGGAGAUCCUGAUGGAAUGCGCGCCCACGCUCGUGGAGAAGAACGUCGUCGCGAUCGACGCGUCGUUCAGACCGAACGAAUGGCACGCGUGCGCGGCGUUCGUCGCCGCGGGCGUGCGCCGAGCCGCGGACGAAGCGGACGGAGGCUCCGCGAAAAAGAAUGCGUCGACGCGCGGCGCGAAGAAGCCGCCGCCGUCGUCGCCGUCGUCGAUCGAAGAAGACGCCUCGAAGCGAUCGCUGACGCGCGUGCUCACGACGUUCGACGUGAACUGCGUGGACUUCUUCAGGGCGCUGAGGAAGUUCAUGAUGGCGAACGCGACGGCGCUGCACGCGCGCGUGAAGCGGUCGUCGUCCGCCGGCGCGAAAGGGACGUCCGCGUCGGCGUCCAAGUCGCCGAGAUCCGCGAAGUCGUCGUCCCCGAUGGGAUCCCCGAUGGGAUCCCCGAACGCGAAGAACGCGCGCGGAGUCGACGGCGCGUCGAACCCCGCCGGCGAGGGACUGAAUCAGCUCGAGGCGGAUCUGUCCGUGAGCGAACUACGCACCUCGUUCGCGUUUACGCGCGUCGUCGCGCAAAAGUACAAGCUCUUCCUCGACCUGCACUUUGACCGCGCGGCCCCCGGCGGCGCCGACCUCGCGAGGCUCGGGUGGAGUCUGUUCCUCGCCGCGAAGCACGCGAUGCUGCCGAAGUUCCCGGACCUGUACAGCCUGUACCACCUCCUCGUCGUCGUCCAGGCGUUCGUUCUCGUCAACGCGCCGCCGCGGCUGUUGCGAACGUCGCUCGUGAACAUGGUGUCCAUGUCUGAAAAAGACGCCGACGGGAAGCUCGACGCGCUCGCGUCGUUGUCGGUGUCGUCCAAGACGAAGAUCGAUCAGCUGCGGGACAUGCUGAAGGACUUCGAGCGGGACGUCGUCCAGGGCGAAGCGUUCGCGGCUGACUUCGCGAGGCUCUCGGCGGCGAAUUCGGCGGCGAGCCCGGGGAGAGCGCCCGGGAUGAAACGCAGCCCGGCGCGAGGCGCCGCGACCGCCGCGACCGCCGCCGCCGCCGCGACCGUGAAACUACUGAAACCCUCGCCGCCGGCGUCGAUGUCCGCGAGCGGCCCGAGCCGGUUCCUCGGUCUGAUCCCCGACACACACGCAAAGGGCGACGACGCGGCGGUUCAAGCGCUGAAGACGGCGGCGGCGGCGGCCAAGGCGACGUACGAACGCGCGGCGACGGAACUCGGCCACCUGAGCCUCGACGAACAGCUGUACCUCGCGAACGACGCGGACGAGGAGAGCGCGGCGACGAAGGUGCUCGGCGACACGAGCAAAGCGCCGAAGACGGGCGGCAGCGGCGGCGUCGCCGCGACCCCCGGGCCCGGCGGCGUCGUCGCCGCGACGCCGUGGCGCGGCGCCGGCGCCGUGAGCUCGCUGCUCGGACCGUCGCCGAUGCGGUUGGGCGCCGGCGUCGGCGCGACGCCGUUCCGCGGCGGCGCGGGCGGCGGCGGCGGCGGCGGCGGUUCGAUCCCCGGCGGCGGCGCGAGCGGUCUCGGCGGGAUCGGCGGCGUCCCCGGCGGCAGGAUCUCCGGGCCCGGCGCGGUGCCGUUCACGCCCAUCUCCGAGGCGAUGGCGUCGGCGUCGUGGCUGCACGGCGUCGUGUCGCCGCGGAAGCGGUUAAACGCGUCGGGCGCGGACGCGCACGACCCGGUCGUGCGCCUGUCUCGAUUCGUCUCCGUCGACGUCGCGAAGAAGCUCAUGGCGAGCGUGACGGUGCUCGCGGGGAAGACGUCCGCGGCGCUGCGGGAGGAUGCCUUUCUCGUCGCCGUCAACGGCGUCGCCGCGGCGCGGGCGGUUGUUACGGCGUCGCCCGGGGACGCGACGGCGGCGACCAACGCGUCGCUGGACAGCCUCGUGAAGCGACGGCAAGAGGAAGCCGUGAAAGUGUUCGCGUACUUCAUGGUGCGCAUACUCGAGAACGAGCACAAGCGGAACGCGCACGUGGCAGGUGGGAAGAGACGCGCGGUGGACGAGGCGAAGAAGGCGGCGACGACCGCGGCGGCCACGGUGGCCGCCGGCGGCGCGCCUUCUUCGCGAGGAGCGCACUCCAAGAGCCUCCAAAAAUCCAAAGACGACCUACACGACGCGCACGGCUCCGUCGCGGACAUCGCCGCGCUCGCGGCGGAGCAGAGCCCCCCGGACACGCCCGCGGGGCUCAUCAUCGUCCCGGACCCGACGCCGACGCAGAAGCUCGCGUUCGAGUCGCUGCUCGGGUCGAGUCGAUUCGUCCGAAGCGUCCUCUCGUGCGCCGCGGAGGUUGUCGUCGCGUCCUACAAGACGGCGACGUUGAAAUUCCCCGCGAUACCGACGCUGCUCGGGCUCGACGCGUUCGACGUCUCGAACGUGAUCGAGCCGUUCGUCAGGGCGGACGCGACGAUGCCGCGCGAGAUCAAGAAGCACUUCAACGCGAUCGAGGAGAAGAUCAUGGAGCACAUGGCGUGGCGAAGAGGGAGCACGCUGCUGUCGUUUAUGAUCGCCGCGGAGACGGGCGCGCCGGCGCCGCGCCCCGCGGCUGCCGCGCUCGCCGCCGUGAGCAAGCAAUCCGGCGCGACGGAACGCGGCUCUAUGGCGUCGAAAUCCCCCGCCAGCGGCGGGGUGAAGAGAGAGCGGAGCGAGAGCUUCUCCGUCGCCGCGGUGGCGGAGGAAGCCGAGGACGACGACGGCGGCGGCGGCGGCGGCGCCGCCGCCGCCGACGACGCGCGCGCGUCGCCGCCGCGACUCUCGAACCCGGACGCGAUCAACGCGUUCUCGACGCCGCUGCGCGGGGCGACGACCCCGGCGCGCCCGUCUCUGCGGUCGAUCAAACCGAGGGACGCGUCGGGCGCGACGACCGUGGUCACCAUUUCGGGACCGGGCGCGCUCGAUCGCGACAAGCCCCUGCCGACGAAGUUCACGCGAGAAAAACCCCCGGGCGCCGCCGGCGACGUCACCGCGCGAAACUCCCUGCGGAUCUUCUUCGCGAAGGUGAUGCGCCUCAGCGCGCGCAGGCUCGCGGACUUGUGCGACCGCCUGUCGUUGCCGUCGUCGCUCACGCAGCAGGCGUACUCGCUCGUGGAGCACGCGCUGUACGACAACACCUCUCUGCUGUACAACAGGCACCUCGACCAGAUUAUCCUGUGCGCCGUGUACGGAACGUGCAAGGUGAACAAAGACGGCGCGCUCAAGGGAAAGACGGUGCCGUUCCGCGACAUCAUCUACCACUACCAGAAGCAGCCGCAGUGCCGCGAGGAGGUGUUCUGGACCGUCGUGAUGUCGCAGUCGGACCCGGAGCUGGAGGUGAUCACGCAGGGGGACAUCAUCGCGUUUUACAACAAGGUGUUCGUCCCGGCGGUGAAGCAAUUUUUGCUGUCGCUGAAACCGCAGGCCCGGGUGUCGUGCCACGAGACGCAGGAGACCGCCGGCGCGGACGCCGCGACAUCCCCGCCCGCGUCAUCCGCGCAACUCCCCGUCGGGCUCCAGUCCCCGCGGAAGCAGCUCACCGCGGUCGGGACGGGCCCCGCGGGCGUGAUCAACCGGAACGUGUACGUGUCGCCGAUGCGCGGCGGCGCCGCGGCCAGAGCCGACCUCCACGCGGGCGGCUCGGUCGGUCCGUCGCCGUCGCCCGGCGGGGUGCCGUACGUGGGCGCCCCGGGGACCCCGCUCCCGCUCGGGGCGAUGACCCCCGGGUCCAAGUCGCUGUUCGCGUUCGUCGGCGAGAGCACGCACGCGUACGCGUCGCCGGCGCAGGACUUGGCGUUCAUCAACCAGAGAGUCGCGGCGGCGGCGGCGGCGGAUGCGGGGGCGGGGGGCGUGGCGUCCGUCGCGGAGGCUGCGGAGGCUGCGCGCGCGGCGCCGCCCGCCGCGGUCGGGCAGACGCGCCGGGCGCCGACGUUCGACGAAGCGGACGACGGGCGGCCGCCGAAAGCGGCGCGGCGGUGA